AUGACGAUACAGGAAAUUUCAGAUCCUCCUAAAAUAAAAAGUUUAUCUUUCCCAAUUAAAAAUACAUUCAAAUUAUUUAGAAAUGCUUGUAAUGUGACUUUGGAUUUUGAGAAUAAAUAUUUUGAAAACAAAAUUGAGUUGAUUAAAAAUCGUAGAGAGGAAUUCCAGUCAAUUGCUAAUGGCACAAUUCAACAAUCUGACGAAUUGGCUAAAUUUGGUGGAGAUUUAAUGGUCCUUAUUAAACAUUGUGGUGACAAAGCUGCUUCUAAAGAAGAUAUAUUAAAUUAUUUGAAUAGACUUUUAAAUGAUGCUACAACUAAUAAAAUUGCAAUAAAAGAAACCAACUCCAAAAUUAUAACUCUCAAACUGCUUGAGAAACAGGUGUCAAUGCCGUAA